GUGUUAGUGGGCCCACUCGGGGUCCCGUAUAAAUAUAAUACCUCCUUGGGCAGAAAUCACUUCGUACCUAGCUCUUGACAACGCAAGUGUCCAGUAGUCAGCAGCAAGAACUCUCUUUUUCCUAAAGUGGACAAUCUUUAGUUCACAGCGAAGAAUUUAAAAAGGUGUUUCAGGAGAUUCCUGAAGAAGGUCUGAACGACUGAAGAUUGAUAUUUUUGCAGAGUGAUUUUUGUCGUGAAUCCGGAUGUUUCCGGAAGAGAUUAGUUAGUGGUGACAAGUGCAACAACUGAAAACUGAACAAGUGCAAUAAAGUAAUAAUCGAACAAAAAACGAGAAAAUGAAGCUUCUACUUCUGUUUGUGAUAUCGUGUUCUUGGAACUAUGGCGCUGUGCGGGGUGCCCCGUACGCCUCAGAUGUGGCCAUGGAAGAGAUGGUGGUUCCCGAGUCCAAGGUGCUCGAUUUCGAUAAUUUGACCGAAAGUGAGCGGGUCGACCUGCUCCGCAAUCAGAUCAAUAUAACGGCGGUCAAGUUGCAGCAGCAGUUGCUACGGGCAGCGGCCGCCCAGAAGAACAUGCAACGCGCCGGGGCUCCGAUGGCCAUCAAGCAAAGUGCCAGCGAGCCGAACAUCUCCAGCCACGUGCAGAACCGGAAAAACAUCGAGAAGCACAUCAUCGGCAACAUCAGGCACAACAUCGAGUCGAAUCUGAUGCGUAACGAUAGCUUCGGUCACGUCGGAGCCACCCACGAGAUGGCAUUUUCCGCGGUUUGCGACCUGCCCAAGCAUACCAACCAGAGCUUCUGGGACGACGACUACACCUGGAAUCUUUACUUUCGUCUUCCCCAUAGCAAGCCUUACACUUCGGUUAAUUCGGCAAUGUUGAGGUUGUACAUGAUCGGCGGCGACAAUUCGACCGAUUCGUGGAACCGUCGCGACUCCGACAACUGCAAGAACCCCGCCGAGCAGAUGAUUCGUGUUACCGUUUCCGUGUACUGGCGCAAGAAGAGCAAGGACAACCUUUCGACCGAGCGUAAGAAGCGUAUCUGCAGCAGCAUCACGAUCACCCGCAACUUCCGAGGCUGGAUCGCACUUGAUACGCUGCUGGCCGUCAAGCUGUGGGACAAACCGAACCGCAACUUCGGUAUUGCCAUCGACGUUCAGGAUCAGGAUGACAACCCAUUGCCGGCGGCUCGGUACUUCCAAGCGACCGAUUGCUCCGAGGCAAGUAAAGCAAACGCAACAGCAGCCGUACUUCCAUGGAACUUUUUCCGAAACUCACUCUCAUGGACCUCUGAUGAAAUGGACGAUGUGCCACACGUCCCACGCAUAGACGUCAUGAUGCACAAGACGAUCCCGCAGCAUCCGCACUACUUCAGCGCGCACCACCACAACCCGCACCAUCGCAUGUUCCGUCCGCAUCCCCAGCACCAGCAGCAGCAGAAGUUCCACUACGGAGGCAGCGUCCGCUACCGGCUGGAGAACGGCUCCGGAGCGCCCACCUCCGCGUCAUCGUCCACGUUCGGCAACUCGUACGAAAUGGACGAAACGGUCGAGAUCAAGCAGCACCAGCCGUCGGUUCACGCACACCACUCGCUGACCAAGCCGCACAAGAAGCGACACCUGAAUCAGCAGCAACAGCAGCAGCAUUCGCACCAGCAUCAUCAAGCAGUGAAGACAAUGGUGGACGUCGAAGACUCGGCGGAAAGCGAUGAACACUAUCUGACAUCGGCCUCGCUCGAGGCGCUCGAGAGGAAGCUCUGAUUCACGUUGGAGGUGAAGGCGAACGCGCAGUAAGGGAACGUGAGUUGUGAGUGAGUGUGAGUGUGUGUAGAAAUGCCAUGACACGCCGUGUGGGUUUGGUGGCGCGGUUCUCCAAGUAGUAUUAGGUGUUAGACAUAGGGAGUUAGCUAUCAAACGUUAUUCUCUUUUGUUGAAGUUUCAGUUUUUCUUAUGUUUUCUAUUGUGACUGAGUUGAAUCAGGUGCGGCAAGA